AUGUAGUUGUAGUUGAUAGUAAUUAGUUUUAUUAUAGUGAAUAUUUUGUAUAAAUCAGCUAAAGUUUUAGGCAAAAACUGUCCUGAAAACUGCUUUAAAUGCAAUAAUAGUUUAUAAUGCUCUUAAUGUAAUAGUGGUUACAGGUUAGAUUAAAAUAGUCAUACAUGCCUUCCUUAUUGCAAUUUUGGUUAAUCAUAUGAUGUUCAAUCAAAUUCUUGUUAAUCUAUCUGCCCUAACUCUUACUAUUCUGACUCAUAAACAAGCAUAUGCAAGCCUCUCUUACCUUGCCCAACAAUGAAUUAGUAAGGUUAAAGUUUUUUUGAUGUGUUUUUAAGCAUGAUUUCAUCAUCUUCAGGCAAAAUAAUAGUUUAAGGUAUGGUUGGAGGAGAUUAUAGCUCAAAAAUAAUCAUAUUAGACAAUCAAAAUUAAUAGCCUGUAGGAUAAUUAAUAGGACAUGAUGAUGGAGUUAUUGGAAUGUAUAAUUUAAGAGUAAAUAAAAUUUAUGAUCUCGGGAAUAUAUCAAUUUAGCAGGCAAAGUUCCCUUAAGGUUAAGAAAUUCUUAUAUCAGUUAGUUUUUAUAAAUUAACUUAAAUAACAAAGGAUUAUGUUAUUUUAAUGUAGAAUACUGAUACAUUAAAUAAUUUUGCAGUUGUUUAUAUGUCUGAAAUAGUAAAAUAACCAAUAUAUUAGUAAUAAACUACUUCUACAUUAAUUAGCUCUUCCUAUAAAUUGUUUAGUAAUGCCCAUAUAAAAUCAAUUACUGGAAUAUUAAUUUUACCAAAUUAUUAGCUUAUAAGCUAUGGAUAGGACAAAAGGAUCAUUGUUUGGUAUAGCAUCGAUUAGCCAGACAAUUUCUAAUAUUAGUGUUCAUUUAAUAGUCCUGUUAACUUAGUGCUACAACUAUCUAAUUCAAGUUAUCUUAUAUAAAUAGAUAAUGAUUACUCAUUAUUUAUAUAUAACAGCUUUAAUUGCAAUGAAAUUCAAACGUAUCAUGGUAAUCCUAUUUAGUAAAUAUUUGCAAAUCCAUCUCCUUAAAUGUCAAAUAUUAUUUAUUUCUUUAGCUGUAGUAUUUCAGAAGUGAUUUUAUAUAUUUAUGAUACAAAUUAAUAGAUAUACUCAUACAUUUCUUAAGUAAAUUCAGAUAAUUAAUAUAGAUUUAUUACAAAUAAUUACUUUGUUUUUAUUUCUUCUAAUGGAAAUGUAUCAGUAAAUUAAUUUGAUGAUAAUACAGGAAUUAUUUUAAUUUACUAAUAUAAUUUAUUUUUCAAAUAAUUAAAUCCAGUAAAUCAAGUUGCGGUUAAUAAUUAAAAUUUACUUAUUCUCUCUUCAGAGUUAACUAUUCUUUAAUUAAUCCCGCUUCCUUAAGAUCCUAAGUAACUUCCAGUCCAAAUGUAGAUUACUGAUAAGAAGAAAAAUAUUAAAACUAAAAUGAAGUAUCACACUGAUGCAGUAAAUGGAAUUUUGUUUGAUAGACUCUAUGAUAGGGUUAUCACUUACUCUAUUGAUGGAAGCUUUAAGAUAUGGGAAGAAAGGGUCUUAGAAAACUAAGGAAAUGUAACAGACUACAGAUUAGUAAUAGAACAAUUUCAUCCUUCAUGUAAUAUUUUAGUAGAUUAGUUUUGCUAUAGAUAGAUAUUAGAUAUGACUAUAGUUAUACCUAAUCUAUUAGCAUGCCUCUAUAAUGAUAAUACUAUAGUUUUAUGGAAUUAUAAUCCUUUCAAAGUUACAUUAAAUGCAACUCUAUCUUUAGACUUAAAAACUUUGUCAAUAAAUAAUAUGUUUGGGUAUAAAAAUACUUUUAUUGCCUUCAAUAAUGCAUAGUAAUUGAAAGUUUAUAAUUUUAUUACGAUGAACUUUACUUCAGUCAUUAAUGAUAGUUUUUAUUAUGCAGUUCUUGAAAAUAAUAAUGGAAUAGACUAUGCCUAUUUCAUAAGAGCUAAUUAAGGCCGAGUAAUAAUUAUGAAUCUUGCUACUAAAGCUAUUUUGAUGACUAAUUCGUAUAGUGGAAACCUGGGAUUUGCAAAAUAUUACCCUGAAAUUAAAUAUCUUUUUUUUUCAACUGUUUCAAAUAAUAUUUUGUAUAUAUAUCCUUUUCUUUUUUCAGGUGUUAGAAGAUACUUGAUAAAUAAGCCAGUUGCAAUUAGUGUAGAUGUAGUAACUAAAAAUUUUAUGGUCUACUAGCAGGAUUAUAAUGUUGCUUACUUUUUUUGGAUAGAUAGUACACUUUACAUUUAUGGUACUUAUACAUUUGCUGCUUCAGUUCCUUAAAAAUUAAGUGCCCCUCUUUCUAAUCCUGAAUAGCAUUUUUUUGUACAAAAUACAGCUUUUCCAGCAAUACAAAACUAAGUUAUUUCUUUCAGUUAUCAAUACAAUAAUUAAAUGCUUCUUACAUUUGCCGAUAAAAUUUCAAGUAUGGCUAUAGAUCCCAUUACUAAAAAGCUAUAUUUAGGUUUUGAAAAUGGAAAUAUUUAUUCAGGUGGAAUCUCUACUAAUUAUUAUGCAUACAUAGAUGAUGAAAAUUACUUUAAUGGAAUUUAUUAUUAUUAAAAUGAUCGAUCUAUUUAUGCCUUUAAUAAUAAUAUUCACCAAAUAGACACAACUACUAUGACCAAACCAAAAAUAUAUUCAGGAGCUCAUAAAUCAACCAUAAAUGAUAUCAUUAUUGAUAAAAAUAAUGACUGGAUUGUCUCUUAUAGUAAUGAUACAACAAAUAAUUUUUAUAGAUGGGAUAUGAAUGGUACAAAUGUGAGUUAAUUUAAAGGUGGAUAAACUUAAAACGUUUUAAAUGCUUUUUUAGAUUUAGAUGCUGAUAUUAUAAUAAGUUAUUCAAGCGAUAUGACUUUUGCAGUAUGGUAAUAUACAAAUUAAACACUGUUGUAUAUAAUUAAUACCCAUAUUUUAGAAUAAGAGAAGUAUAAUGCAAAUAUAGCUUCUAUUCCACCUGAUUAACAAAUACCAUAUAAAAUAGUAUCUUAUUAUCAUGAUCCUAUCAAUAAAAGAAUUAUUUCUAUAAAUAAUAAUCAAAAUUUAUUCAUGCAUUACUAUUGUGAUGCUCCAAGUGCCAUUCCACCUAUUAAAUAAAAUACUUACACUUCUUACAGAAUACCAAACAUGGUAGAUUUAUAUGUUGACCUCGAUCCAGUUUAUGGUAAGUUUUAUGUAAAAGUCUUAAUUAAUAUGGUUUAUUCACUUCAUACCUACAAUUUUCAUACUUUUGCUUAUGAAUAGUAAAUUAGCUAUCACACUGAUAAUAUUAUUGGAAUGAAAUAUAUUAAUGCAAAAAGUUAUUCUUUUUAGUAUACAUUGUUAGUGAUAAUGGAUAGAAUGACUUAAUAAUUUAUUUUAUCUAUUUCUACACAAAAUCCUCUUAUUACUAAUUUUAUAGUAUUUGAAAAGAUGGAUCAUAUUUAUUUAUAUAGUGAAGGUUAGAAAAAUGUUUUAAGUUAUAGACUGGCUGUACAUAGUCUUUCAACAGGAGUUUUAAUUAAAUAAAUUCUUAAUUCAUAGUACAUUGAAAAUGGAAACGUUAAUAUUGUUUUUCUAGAUGAAGAACGUUAUCAGUUGCUCAUUUAUAAAUCUGAGCUUCUUAAUAUUUUCACAGUUGAUGUGAGAACUUUUUCUUACACAAAUUAUUUUACCUACCUGUAUAAUCCACCUCUCAAAAAAGCUAUAUUUAUUAAAGAACAUAAUCUAAUGUGUCACAUAGAUGCAUAUUACUUAGAAAUAUAUUAGAUGGAUUUUUCAUUUAAUACUGAUAAAAUAGAACUAAGUAUGGUUUAAUAAAAAUAACCGAGUUACUUUUACAGCUAAAAUUCUAGCAUGCUAUAUUAUAUAGACACUGAUAAUAAUGCAUGGCAGUUUGGAAAUUUAACACAGCAAGCAAAAUUUGUUUAGAGUUUAAGUUUAGUACGUUAAACGCGCUUUUAAAAUGGAUUCUUUUAUAUUAUUACUGAUCAGUAGAUAAUUUAAUUUGGUGAAAUUGCUAGUAAUUUCAAAGUUAAGUAAAUUGUUUCAAUUUCUAACUUAAAUUAAAUUAUUGUUUUCUUAAUGAACUCAUCUAUAUUCAGAAUAGAUGUAAUAGCUGAUAAGCUUUUGAUAUAGUACUCUAGCAUAGCAAAUUUAAAUAUCAUUAGUUAUGAUAAUAUAAACUCAAUUUUAAUUCAUCAUUUAGAAACUGGAUUUAUGAUAUUCUAUUUAGAUUUUGCAAUAAAAAACGAUUAUAUGAAUAGUUAAGCGAGGAGCCUUCAAAUUUAGAAUACAGACCCAGUAAACUCAAUGCUAUUUGAUUACUAAUAUAACAGAAUAUUUGUCCUUAACGUUCGUGAGAUUAUACCAAAAAUAAGGGUUUAUACAUAUAAUGUUACUACCUCAAAUAAUUCAAUUUAAUUAAGUACUCCAUAGCUAAUUACAAUAAUCCCUCCACCAACAAAAGCUUAGCAUUUAGUUAUGAAGAUUUAAAAUAGUCAGUUAAUAAUUGAAGUAACUUAAAAGUUUUAUUAUGAUCCUUAACUCAUUAAUUUGAAUUCAUAAGUAGUUUAUUCUGGUUCUAACUCAAGAGCCUUAAUGAAUAUUAUUACAGACUCGUUUUCCUUAAAUUAGCUAACUCUGUUAUAGGUAAGGAAUUAUGAUCUUGACAUUAGUUAGGCAUAGUUAGUAUUAUUUAAUCCUGCUUCUAAAAUUAUUACUUUUGAAAAUGUGGUUUUUAAAAACACAGGAAAUUAGUUUUAGUUUUAGUUGAAUAAUUUGCAAAGCAUGAUACUUGAAAAUAUAUCCAUCUCAUCUUUGGAUCUUAAAGGUUAAAGUCUUCUAUUUAAUAUUUCAAACUCAGAUACUAUUUACAUAAAUAACUUCUAUAUUCAAAAUAUAUAUUUAUAUGAUGGAUCAUGCUUGUUAGCUUUUGAAAAAGUAAAUUAUGUGUACAUAAAUAACCUAAUUAUAGAUUAAAUAAUUAUAGUAGCUUCUUAAACAGCAAAUAACGACUUGAUUGUUUUUAAAAACGUUAAAUAGAUAUCUAUUCAGAAUAGCAAUUUUACAAAUUUAACUUUCAAAUAGCUAAAUAAUGUAUAAAUGUAGUAGAAUUUAUAUAUUAUUUAAUCUUAAUCUGUAUAUGAUUUUGAAUUGUAGCUUAUAAAUGUAAGUUAUUUAGAUGGAGUGUCUUUUACUUAGGUUUUAAACUCAUAUACAUCUAAUUUCCAAACCUACUACUAAUAUUAAGGAACAUUUUCUCUAUCAAAUAGCACAUUUGAAAACAGCUCAAAUUUAUAGACUCCUUUAAUAUAACUAAGAGGUAAUUCUUAUCAAGUUAUUUACUCUACAUUUAAAAAUAUAAGUUGCUUGGCAUGCAAUGGAGGUGCUCUUUAAGUGAUUGAGACUUAAUAAUUACUUAUUAAUUUUACUCGGUUUACUCUUUGCUCGGCUUUAAAUGGAGGGGGCUUGUCUAUCUCAGACUCAUACUACAACCUCACUGAAAUUUAUAAUUCAAUAUUUAUAAAUAACAAUGCAACUCUGAACGGAGGAGCUAUAUAUUUAGAUGCAACUAAUCUAUUUAUGCAAAAUUCAACUAUUUAAUAUAAUCAAGCUAUGAUAGGUGGUGGCAUAAGAUAUUUAAAAAUUGAACCUGUUUUUAUUUACAUGAUUAAGAAUAAUUUAAACAGCGAUCUUUUCUAAAAGAAAAGAAAUCUUAAUGCUGUUUAAAAUGUUAUUACAAUGAACAAGGCUACAAUUCAUAGCAAUAAUUAUGGUUCAUAUGUAAGCAAUAUAAAAAUUUUGUAAUCAAGUGUAGUAUAUUUAGAUGUAACUGGUAGUGAUGGAUUACCAGAUUCUGUAAAAAAAGAUAAACUUAACCUUUAAACUUGCUCUGUAAACAGAUUUUAGAGCGGUUAAUAUUUCAACUUCCAGUUUUAGCUGUUGGAUGAUGAAAAUAAUCCUCUCUACUUUGAUCUUGAAUUAGUAAAAAAAAAUAUGUAUCCUCCAUCAAUCUAAAGUGAAAUUUUGCAGUUUAAUAUCAAAGCAAAUACCAAUAACACAAAUAUUAAACUAUUUGGAUAGUAUAUAACAGACUACUUAAGCUUUAAUAGUUCAUCGAAAUCAUUUUAAAUAUCAUUAAUGCAAGUAGUAGCGAAUCCUUAAACAUAAAAUAUAUUUUACAUAGAAAGUGAAUCAGUUCUCAAAGUACCAUAUCCCACGCUAUAAAACCGUGAAAUUAAAUCAGGUCCAUUCCACAUAACAUUCAUUGUUGAUUUUAGAGAAUGUAUAAUAGGUGAACUUUACAGAUUACAAGGAAGCAUUUACUACUGUCAAGAAUGCUUGGAUCAAACAUACUCCAUAGUAGAGCCUGAUAAAUAAAAAUAUUUAGAUCAAUAAUGCAUAAAGUGUCCAGAUUAGGCUGAGCACUGUUACAGGAACUAAAUGACAUUAAAACAGGGUUAUUGGAAAUCAACAAACUUAACUGACUCUAUUGUAGAGUGUUCAAAUAAGUUAUCUAACUGUGUUGGAACUUAGGAGUAAGGAUAUUGCUUAGAAGGUCAUAUAGGUCCGUUGUGUGAGCAAUGCGAUAUUUAAAGCAAGUUUUGGAAUUAAAAAUACUAUACUGAUGGAUCUUUUGACUGUAAGGAGUGUUCAUAACUAUUAAAGGCUAUUAAUUUAGUUCCAACAAUAUUCAUAGCUUUAGGAAUGGUUGUUUAUGUACUAAUAAGUAUCAGAAUUGCAUGGGAUAUUAGUGAAAUGAUUGUUAUAGGCUAUUAUUUAAGAAAACUUAAAUUUGCUCCUGUGAGUAAGUCAUCGUAUCUAGACACUACUAAUAUGAAUAUGAAAGCAAUGAUGAAUUAUGUUUAAAUUUCAUAAUUAGUUAACACAGUAAAAGUUGCUCUUCCUUCAUGGUUAACUUUUUUCCCUGAUUAUGUUGGUAGUCCUGUUUAAAAUAUGAUAUACACAUUGGACUGUUAUCUUAUAAAUGUAAAUUAGUAGGAUAUUCCAAUUGUUUUUAUGAGAAUACUUUGGGGUUUAAGUAUACCAUUUUUAUAUUUAGCAGGAAUGUCAAUUAUAUACAUAAUAUUUGUAAAACUUAAAUUUAUGAGGCACAAUAUAUCCUAUAUUUAUAGUGGUUUGGUCUUUCUGUUUAUAUUUAUGCAACCAAAUAUGAUAUAAAACUUACUAGGUGCUAUGUCAUGCAGAGAAAUUGAUAAUUAAAAAUAUAUUUUAUUAGACAUUUCUUUCAAGUGCUACACUCCAAUUCACAAGAAGUUUAUUGGAUUUAUUUUAAUGCCAGGUCUUUUAAUUUGGGGGUUUGUUAUUCCUUUUUUUAUUUUAUUUAAGCUGAAUAAAAAUAAAGAUAAGCUAGAUGAUGCUAAGAUAAGGCUAACUUAUGGAUUUCUCUACUAAGAUUAUAAAACAAAAAAAUUUUAUUGGGAGUUUGUAAAAAGUUAGAUGAAAAUAAUAAUUGUUUGCAUCUAUAGCUUUUAUGGAGAUCCUUAUACUAACAAAUUGGUGAUGGCACUUAUAGUUUUCAUACUUUAUUUAGUAGCGUUAGUAAAAUUUACUCCUUAUUAAAUGAUAUAUUUCUAAUAAACAGAUAGAAAUUCAAUAGUGGUGAUAAUUAUAUUAGUUCUUAUGAAUAUUUUCUUAUAUAAUAAACCUGAUAUUGUUUAAUCCUAGAUAUUUUAUAUUAUACUGCUAGGAAUACACAAUGGUUAUCUUGCAUUUAUGUUUUAUGAAGUUAUAAAAGCUAAAAUUCAGAUUACUUUCAAAAAAUAGUUUGAUAAAAUUAAAGAAAAAUUAUCUUAAUAUUGUUCAUGCUUAAAACCAUAUUUAAGAAUUUAAAAAAACGUUCACUUAACGACAUUCUUAAACUGGAAAAAAAUUAAAAAUCUUCUUCUUCAUAACAUAAAAAUGGAUAAACAAAGAGGAAUAAUAAGAGAUAAACUGUUUGGUUCAUCUUGUUAACUAGUUAGCUCACAAAGCAUUAUUUAAAGUCCUCUUCUUAAAUCGAGCGACAAGCUAGUAGGUUAAGUAUAUGCUAAAAGUAAAUUUCAUGAUAAAUUAUUAAAUGAAUAAAAUAAAAUGCAAGAAUCCAUAAAAAGCAUAAAGAUUGAUAAUAGCAAUAAUAAUCUUGAAUUAAGUAAGAAAAAAGAUAUAAUUUAAUUAGACAAAUCAGAUACAUCAAACUAAUAAUCUCACUAGAUUAACAAUAAUAACAUCAACAAGAUAUCAAUAUCAAUCAAUAACUAAACUAUUCUUUUUUCUAAAGAUGAAAUAAACGAGAGCUAAGUUAAGUUUAGAAGUACAUCAAAUAAUAGCAACAAUAAUAAUUUGCCACCUCCUUUAAACAAUUAAAUUUAUGAAUAAACGGUGAUGUAGAGUUUAAAUUUAAAUAAUAGCAAUUUAGUUAAAAGGGAAGGCUUGAUUAGCAAAAGCUUAAAAAGAGUGACUUAAUCAACAAAUAUAACUUUAUCGAAUAAUCUUACUUCACAAUUAAUUUUAAAUUAAUAGUUACACUAAUAAAAUUUAAAUAAUUAAUCAUUAUAAUUACUCUAAAAUAAGAUAAUUAGUAAUAUAGAUUAGAGUAGAACUAUCGAAAACUAUUUGUUUUUAUUGGAAAGCCCUUUGAUGAUACCAAAAAAUGAACCAAAUUAUGUUUUUUCAGAAUAAAAACAAAAUAGAUAAGAAGAAUAAAAAGAAAUAGAUAAAGGAGUUAAUUCUGAUAUUAUUGACUCUGCUUCAGAUUCAAAUAAUUCUUAAAUAAAAUAAAAGUCUCCUUUUAAUAUAGAAAUUUGUGCCUAAGAAAGUUACUUUAAAAAGGAAUUUGAAAAUAUUAGCUAUGAAGAGAUGAAUUGUUCUGAAAAGUAAUUUGAUAUGAUCAAAUUAGAGUAAAAUGAUGAAAUAAAAGACCAAGAAACCCCAUAAAUAGACAAUUUAUAUACUCCUCAAUAUCAAGAUUAUGAUGGCCAAUAUUAAAAUUAUUUCUAUUAAAACUAACAUAUAGAUCCAUUAGAUUUAAAUAAUUAAUCUGAUAAAAUAUAACCAAAUUAAACUAAUAAGCUAAAUAAAUUAAAUAUAGAAUUAUAUGAAUUAAGUUCCCUAAAAGAAGAUUUUAAAAGUAUUAAAUAAAAAAGUAUAAAAUAAAUAAAAUCUGCUUAUGAUUUAUAAUCCAAAGAAAAAGACCAUUUAAAAAAUAUGGAUUUUAUAGAUGAUAAUAAAAUAUAAAAUCAAAUAUUUACACCAAAAAACUAUUUUGGUAUUUAAACCGAAGGUUCUUUUGAAUAUCGAAAGCAGUAAACCGAACAAAGCAGUGUGAUUAUUAACUAUAAAAAAGUUCAAAGCUUAAAGUUUGAUAAAAAAUCAACAAAAAUUAAAAAUCCAGGAACACUUAUUAUGGAUCAUUAGACAAUAUAUACAGCAGAUUAAGGAAGAUAGAAAUCUCAAAGUUUUGGUUAAGGAUUUGAAAAUUUAAAUUUGGGAAAUACAAUUCUAGAAUUUUCUUAAAAAAAUGAAAAUUAAUCAUUAAAUGACUAAUAAGAAUAAAUUAAUUAUAAGGAUCGUAUUAAAUCAGAUUUACUAAACUUUGAAAGCUUAUCUUAGCCACAAAACAAUGAAACACUACAAAAAAAAGAUAAAAAUAUUACAAAUGAACUUAAAAAUCAAGAAAGUGAUAAAAAAAUAAAUAACUCAUCAGAAAAUGAAUGA